AUGCUACCUCCACCACCGAAUCCUCCACGUGCGCCAUACGGAAGUGGUGGUGCUCAUGGAGUUCGUACCAUUCUGUUGGCUUCAACUUGUUCUCCGCAACAUCGUCCCACUCAUCUCCGCUCUUCAGCUCAAGCUCAAGCCCAAGCUCAAGCCCAAGGCAGCAGCAGAUGGUUGCAGCUCCCCCCUCUGUCGCCAUCUCUACAAAACGCCAUCGACGAAGCUAUAUUAGCAGCUUCACGACCCGAUUUAACGUCAAAUUUCGUUGCUAAACCGGCUGUGGUCGUUCAGAGCCAAGAGCAGCCAUCAAGUAAUAAUAAUUUUUGGUGCUUGAAACUGCUUUGA